UUUCCAAUCUCCAUCAUUAUCAUUCAUCAAUAAUUCUGGCACUACUGUGCACUGUGAAAUUGAUUUCUACAGUAAAGUUGGAGACUUUUCUCAAUCUCAAACUCAAACACCCAUUUAUUCAUAAUUCACUUCAAUACAAUUCAAUUCAAGGCCCCAUUUUUCAGAAUUGGGCAAAAAAUUAAGAAAUCGUCGGAUCAUCCCAUAAUCCAUUUUCGUAACCAGUGACUAAAUCAAUACUAAGUGAAUAAAUAAUUCAUAAAGUUUGAAAUUUGACCCAGAUAAAAUUAUGGGUAUAUUCUGAAACAGGACAAAGUCUUGAAAGUGUGAAUUACCCCAGAAAAUUUAUUGGUGGGGGUUAGCGGGGAGUUGGGGUGGGUUGGUGAGAGAAGAGAGAGAGAGAGCAAGUUUAUUGGGAAACUUACAGGUAUAAAAUUCAGUGAUGGCUGAUUUAAUCAAAAACCCAGUUGACAGUAUUAAACCAGAGAUUGAAGCUAGAACUUCACCAAAAACUGAGGAGAGAGAAACGGAAAUGGCUCCUCCGGCUGCCGGAAGUUCGAUUCAUCGUUCGGGUUCCCGGCCGCAGCUUGACCUUAGUGGUGCUGCUAUUCAAGGCAAUUUUGAGGAGAGAGACCCAACUAUUUUGCUGCCUAAUCAAUCUGAUGAUAUUUCUCAUUUGGCUUUGGACAUUGGAGGAUCCCUCAUCAAGCUUGUCUAUUUUUCAAGACAUGAGAAUAAAUCAGCUGAAGAUAAGCGUAAGAGGUCAAUGAAGCAGAGAUUUGGAAUUUCUAAUGGUAAUAGGAGAAGCUAUCCAAUACUUGGUGGAAGACUUCAUUUUGUAAAGUUUGAAACUGCAAAGAUAAAUGAGUGUUUGGACUUCAUCAAGUCAAAGCAACUACACUGUGGAGGGAUGGUUGCUCGUUGUUGGCCUACUGAUGCCUUAUCAAAUGAAAAUGUUUUAGUCAAGGCCACUGGAGGUGGAGCAUACAAAUUUGCAGACCUGUUUAAAGAUAGACUUGGUGUUAGUCUUGACAAGGAGGAUGAGAUGGAUUGUCUUGUUGCUGGAGCGAAUUUUUUGCUCAAGGCAAUUCGUCACGAGGCCUUUACGCAUAUGGAGGGUCAGAAAGAGUUCGUGCAGAUAGAUCAAAAUGAUUUAUUUCCUUACCUUCUUGUAAACAUUGGAUCUGGUGUUAGUAUGAUAAAGGUUGAUGGUGAUGGAAAGUUCGAACGUGUAAGUGGUACAAAUGUUGGAGGUGGUACAUAUUGGGGUUUAGGGAAGCUGUUGACCCAGUGCAAGAGCUUUGAUGAGCUUCUGGAGUUAAGCCAACGUGGAGAUAAUAGAACCAUAGACAUGCUUGUUGGAGAUAUUUAUGGUGGUAUGGACUAUUCCAAGAUUGGUCUAUCUGCAUCAACAAUUGCUUCUAGUUUUGGCAAGACAAUUUCUGAAAACAAGGAGCUUGAAGAUUAUAGACCUGAAGAUAUAUCUCUUUCACUCCUGCGAAUGAUUUCAUAUAACAUUGGGCAGAUAGCUUACUUAAAUGCUCUUCGCUUUGGCCUCAAACGCAUAUUCUUUGGAGGCUUUUUCAUCAGAGGACAUGCAUACACAAUGGAUACUAUCUCCUUUGCUGUUCAGUUUUGGUCUAAAGGCGAUGCAAAAGCGAUGUUCUUGAGGCAUGAAGGAUUUCUUGGAGCUUUGGGUGCAUUUAUGAGUUAUGAAAAACACGGUCUUGACGAUGUGAUGGUCCAUCAAUUGGUGGAACGGUUUCCUAUGGGUGCACCAUAUGUUGGAGGAAAGAUCCAUGGCCCGCCUUUGGGAGAUUUAAAUGAGAAGAUAUCAUGGAUGGAAAAAUUUGUACAGAAAGGAACUGAAAUUAUUGCUCCUGUUCCCAUGACUCCUCCUGGAACAACUGGACUUGGGGGCUUUGAAGUUCCUUUAUCACGAGGAGAUACUCUGCGUUCCGAUGCAAGCAGCUUGAAUGUUGGAGUUUUGCACCUUGUUCCUACUUUGGAUGUGUUUCCUUUGUUGGCGGACUCAAAAAUGUAUGAACCUAACACCAUUGAUCUCUCGGACCAUGGUGAGCUAGAGUUAUGGCUUACAGUGUUGUCUGACCAUUUACCAGAUCUUGUUGACAAGGCUGUGGCAAGUGAAGGAGGUACUGAUGAUGCUAAAAGAAGGGGUGAUGCUUUUUCUCGUGCAUUUUCUGCCCACUUGGCCAGGUUGAUGGAAGAGCCUGCUGCUUAUGGGAAGUUAGGACUUGCCAAUCUUCUGGAACUGAGGGAGGAAUGCUUGAGGGAAUUUCAGUUUAAUGAUGCAUAUAGAAGCAUAAAGCAAAGGGAAAACGAGGCUUCCCUUGCUGUUUUACCUGACCUUCUUAUGGAGCUUGACAGCAUGUCUGAGGAGGAUAGACUGUUUACCUUGAUUGAGGGAGUCCUUGCAGCAAACAUUUUUGAUUGGGGAUCUCGUGCAUGUGUGGACCUCUAUCACAAAGGGACAAUUAUUGAGAUUUAUAGAAUGAGUCGGAAAAAGAUGCAAAGACCAUGGCGAGUGGAUGAUUUUGAUAUGUUCAAGGAAAGAAUGCUCGGAUCAAGUGGCAAAAAGCCACCACCUCAUAAACGAGCAUUGCUCUUUGUGGAUAAUUCUGGUGCUGACAUUGUCUUAGGGAUGCUUCCCCUUGCUAGAGAGCUUCUUCGACGUGGAACUGAAGUUGUCCUGGUAGCAAACUCACUCCCUGCUCUUAAUGAUGUGACUGCCAUGGAGCUUCCCGACAUUGUUGCAGAGGCAGCAAAGAAUUGUGAUAUUCUCCGAAGAGCAGCUGAAGCUGGUGGGCUUCUUGUGGAUGCAAUGAUAAACGUCCAAGAAAGUUCUAAAGAAGAAUUGCCUUCCGUGCCGCUAAUGGUUGUUGAAAAUGGAUGUGGAAGUCCAUGCAUUGACUUACGACAAGUGAGCUCUGAGGUAGCUGCUGCUGCCAAAGAUGCUGAUUUGGUAAUUUUGGAAGGCAUGGGUCGAGCUAUUCAUACUAAUUUCAAUGCUAAGUUCAAAUGCGAUGCUCUGAAGCUUGCAAUGGUGAAGAACCAGAGAUUGGCAGAGAAGUUACUCAAGGGGAACAUUUACGAUUGUGUCUGCAGAUUUGAACCAGCAAGUUGAAAUGACAAACUUCUGUUGUUCGAAUAAUGAAUUGCUUACUGAGGCGUUCUGUAGAGCUAGAACAUUGAGAUUUCAUGUAGAUGUCCGAAUUUUUUGGUUUAAAGAACACAAGUUUGAGAAUUAUUUGAUGUACAUAUUCGUUGGAUGUAAAUUUGACAUAGCCCUUACUCCCCUCUAUCUCAAGCACUGACCUGUGCUGGUUCAGUAGGGUCGGUCAUAUUCAAUUAGCAAUGCAAAACUUAUUAGCAAUAAUCAUGAAAACUACUACAAGUAUUUGUAGAAAUCUAUUGUGUUAAAAAGGAAUGAAUACUUUAGC